UUGUGUCUUGUCUGACGUGGUUUGUAUUGCGGAUAAUUUUUGUCUAAAGGAGAAAAUGUGUAUAUGUGCACAAUGAAAUAUGCAAAUAGGAAAUGCAUUAAAGUAUAGGAGAUGAUAUAAAAGAGCUAAAAUAACAACAAAAUUCGAAAUAGUUUGUAUUCAUUUUAUUACAUAGCUAGUGAUAAAAUUUGCCGCUAAAUUGUGUAAGACGAAACUAAAACAGCUGAAAAACUAAAUAUACCAACAACAAAAGUCAAAAGAGCCAAGGCGAGCAGCCAGCUGUUAUAUAUAGAAAAGAAGCAAAUUGAAAGAAAAAAUCUUAACAAACAGCGAAUAAUCGACAUUAUUGCAAUCUAUUUUAUAUAGUGAGAGUGUAUUGGAGAGCGUCACUUUUAUUGUGUCAGUGUAUAAGUAACAGGGAGUGUGUAAAGGAGAAUAACAAGGCAAACGGAAAAAACACCGUUUUUGGGUUUCGUUGAUGUUUUUGUAUAUAGCCACCGAUUCUUCUGUUGCUUUUGUUUUUUUUUUAACCUGAAAGAAAAGUGAAAAAUCAAAACAGAACUCACAAAGACCUAAAAAAUAUUUUAAAUCAGAAGCCAAGUGAAAUAUUUCAAAUUAAACAUUAUAAUAAAAAAUUGUCGCCGGAAAAUUACUGCAAAUAAGUACAGGAUUCGCAUACAAAAAACCACGUGUUUUUAAAAUUAUAAUAUUUUACAUCAUAUAAAAUAUUCUCAAAAUUUUGAGGAUAGAAGUGCACGUUGAUAUAUAAAAAAAUUGUGUUCACUUUAAAAAAGAAAAAAAUGUCUGCACCAGUUCCAAUUAAGACAGAGGAAGUUAUAUUGGAAAACGUUGAAUACAAUAGUGCCGAAGAAUUGGAUGAAGAGUUGCAAUUACAAUUAGAGGAUUCUGGGGGCGAAUCCUAUCAGUAUCAUAGCGACAAUCAAUCAACUACAACACAGAACCAACAACAACACGUCUUAACUGCAUCAUCAUCGCGUCAACGUCAUAGUUCUAAUAUGAAUCAAAGCGGUAGCAGCGGUAGUGGUAGUAAGCAUACAACAGUAGGCUCUAGUGUUGGUGUAAAUAGUGGCGUUAAUAAUAAAACACUAGACAAUGAAAAGCGUAUGCGACGUGAAAUCGCCAACAGCAACGAAAGAAGGCGCAUGCAAAGCAUUAAUGCCGGAUUUCAGAAUCUACGUUCUCUGCUGCCUCGUCAUGAAGGCGAAAAGUUGAGUAAGGCUGCUAUUCUGCAGCAAACUUCUACGUAUAUUAUGGAGCUGGAAAAUCAGAAAACGCAAUUACUGAACCAAAACAAUCAAUUAAAACGCCAAUUGGGGCAUCAUGAAGCUGGCAGUGGUGGUGGCGGGGGACCGGGUAAUAGUGGCGGCGGAAGCGAUGGAACAACAUCAGCCGACACAAUCAGUGGCGUUGCCAUUAAGAAAAGAAAGUUGACUGAUAAUAUUGUUAGUGUCCAGGCUAUUAGCGAUUCGUCUGAUGAAGGCUUGGGCUCUAUGUCGCCGGAACCUAUGACUUUAUUGAGCGCGUCCGGUGCUGCAUCUAGCAGUGCAGUGGUCAACUCCAAAGCUCAAAUGUUAUUAGCUCAAAAUGCGGCUAAAGAAAUUUUAGAUUUGAAAGAGCAACUAUUUAAAGAGCGGCGGUUACGCACUGCUCUAGAGGAAGAAUUGCAAGCAAUUAAACGUCAGCUUAUUACCGUGGCAACAGCACCCCAACCAACCGCAGUUGAUGAUUGCACUGACGGUGGCUCCACCACUUACAUUCCGAGAGAAGUUAUCGAACACACGGGCAAUUUGGUGCGUGACGAUUGCGAAGAGUUUUCAUAUGUUGAAAUUGAUGAGCUGACCGGUCAACAACAGGUUGUUGUUUGUUCCAGCAUAGAGGAGCUGGAAAAUGAGACUGCAGCAGCCGCAGCCGAGAUUAUAACUGAAGAUAAUGUACACGAGGAAGUUAUUCUAUCAUCGACCUCGUCCACUGAAUCUGAACAAGAAGUCGCCGUUAAUGCUAUUGCUAAGGCAUAUGCCGAGGGAAACUCACCCAGCCCCGACAUUCUGCAACCCAUUUUGCAAGCAGCGAUCAAAGCAACUCCAAAAGUAGAAGUUGAACGCAUUAAUGACGCUACUUUAAAGAAAGUUAAAACCGAGAAAAUCGAACAGACAAGUGGUUUAACACGUUCCCGCCAAAAUUUGGAAACUAUAGUAGAGGCGAUACGCCAUUUAGAAGGCGACCAUUUGUUUACCGACGGCACCGAACAGCACAAAGUGUUGGUAACUCAACAGCAUGUGUCAACUGUUCGCGGACAAGAAGUUCCGCUGGCUUUGACUACAAAGCAGCAUAUUGCCCAACGUAAAACCCUCUCUGAAUUGCGCCCGUUUUUGCAAUUAAAAGGUGGCGCCAAACAUGUCACAAUAGUAGGUAAUGCGUUAACUUUAUCGAAAAACGGAACAGCUGUCAUACAAACUCAGAGAGACAAAAGCACAAAUAGUACGGGAGUUACGCCGGUAUCGCUCUCGACUGCAGUAACACCAACCGCGAUCUACAAAGCACCGACAACAAAUAAUACCGCAGGCGGUAAUAGCUGUGCGGGAGGAAUUGCAAAUACUGGCGGUAUUGUCACCAUAACAGGCUCAGCUUUAAAACAGUGUCGUCCCGGUGUCAUUGUGGCAAAGCAGCUGUCUUGAUUUCGCGGCCCCCCAUCAAACGCUACAGCGUUAAUUAGCAAAACGGCAUUAAUUCAAAAGGCAGAGGUAAUGGAAAACUGUUUAGC